AGUACCGGUAAUGUUACGAGUUUCUUGUCACGAGAGUGCGCUGCUCCUAAUUGUUGUUUAUAUAGACAACGUGUUCUGCUGGCUUAACUUGCUGGCUAACUGCAGGCUCGACAGUCAACGCGCGUUUGUCAAUCAAUUUAAAAACUAUUAAUGUUCAACAAGAUAACAAGUCGAACCAUGAGUGUCGCGAGCUGGAGCUGACACUAUAAGUCCUGCCUUUGGCAUUUACGUACGUUGGCGCCUUUUUUCAUUACUUUUCUUUAACAUCAUAUCUCUGGAAUCCACGUCAUCCUCCGCCUCCAAAGAUGAACUCCAUGAAGAACUGCGAUGAAGUGCGGCCCUUUUUAAUGUCGCAUCUAUUCUCAAAAAUGAUGAAUGCUUUGAUGAACAUGAGUGCUUUGAGCAUAGCACGUGCAGCAUCAACUAAAGCGUCGGUUUAUCUAACCCUAGGAAGUUUGGCGAUGUUGGGAUUCAUUAUGUCCUUCGCCGCAGUUGCCUUCAUAGCUACAGUCUUUGGUAUCUGUAUUUCCGGGCUGAUCGGAGCUAUCGGUGCUGUGAUUUUGGCCGUCUCGAUAAUCGUCUCUGUAGCUGCUAUUCUCAUUACCGGCUCGAUAUUCGUACCCGGUGGCUUCGUACUGGUCGCUGGUUUCUUCUGUAUGAUUGUCUUCAGCACUGUCAUUGCCAUUAUCGACAUUUUACCGGCUUGCUCUUUAAUUGCAUUUGCCUUUUUAGUCUUGACGCUGUUGGCUAUUUUCGUGUGAAUUACAUGAACGAUGAUUACCUUUGUAAUUUAAUUUUUUUAUUGGCAAUUCAUUUUUUUUGACAAAGUUGACAGCAUAAGAUGAUUUUUUAAAGACUUUUUGACUCAAACCAUAUCGUAUGUCGUGAUAAUGUGUUCAAUGAUUAGUAUUAUUAUUUUAGAUAGAAAUUUUUUAACGAAACAAAACGAUUAUAACAUAAGGCCUAAUGUAUGUAUGAGAAUAGAAAAUUGUUGUUUUUUAAAACCAAUGUAUUUAUUGAAAGUUUCACAACUCUUUUACAAAGAUUUACUAUUGUCACUGAUUGUUAUGCGUUUUGUAACAUGACUGUUGACAGAUUAUACAUAAUUAAUUGAUGUAUACAUGUGUGUGUUAUGAUGUGUCUAUGUACAUAAUUAAUUGAUAAUAGUAAGUUUCCUAUUUAAACAAUAUUUUAUGCGAACUGAAACACAAUAUUGUUCAAAUGACCGUGUUAUUCUUUUACAUCCGUCUUUCAAUUUUUAAUCAAAAUGUUACUGCAAUAAAAAUAUUUAUAUAUUUUUCGUUUUUUUUUUUUAUCAAAUAGCUAAUAAUGUAUUGUCCUAAAAUCAACAGUUUAUUGAAAAAUAUCAUUUACUUAUAAAAUCAAAAGUCUUAAAAAAUUAAUGUAUACUCAAAAAUUAUUUAAUAUACGCAACUACAUAGUGCUGAUGCUUUAAAAUCAUUUGAAUAACUGACAAUUAUUGACCAAAUAAAAUAGUUAUUUUUUUUAUAUUUAAGAGGGUCAGCUGGAAUUAAGCAGCGUAAAUUAUAAGUUUUCUUUACUGUGGUGUAACGAUCAUUUUAUUAAAGGUAUUAUAAACAUUUUUUUUUAUCAUGAUAUCCUCGGUAAAUGUUUUUAUUUUCUACUUUUCAAGUCUUAAAAUUUCACGUAAGGACCCUAGAAAGUACCCUUAACCAUAAAACCUUAUUUUUUGAAACAAUUUGCUUUGCAACACUUUUCUGAAUGUUAAAAUGAAUGAAAUUAUUUUUGAACAGCUCAUUUUCUUUCUUUACUCUCUAAAUUAAGUGAAGAAUUUUUUAAAUAGUCUAUUUUUAUGAGAAUUUUUACAAAUUUAUCCAAAAAUAAUUUUGAAAGAAAUUUGAAACGGCUCUCGUAAAAAUAGUAAAAUUGAUUAAUUUGAAAAAUCCUUUACUUAAUCUGGAGUACUGAUCUAAAGGAUGUUAAUGAGGCCGAUAAAAUGAUUUUCGUUCACUUUAACGUGGUAGAGCAAUUUUUUUCAAAAAAUAAGAUGCUAUGGUCAAGGGGACUUUCUUGGACCCUUGAAAGGAGAAAAUAAAAGCAUUUACCGAGUAUUUCCAGAUGAAAAAUGUUCAUGAUGCUAACUUUAUUAGAAUGAUUUUUACACCACCGCAAAGAAAACUUGUAAUUUUCACUGUUUAAUUGCAGCAGAUCCCCUUAAGUAUUUCACUGUUCAAAUAGUCAAAUUGUCCGUUUUUUUUAGAUUUCGUUAGAUUUUCCACUUUCUGGUCAAAUUACACAAUGAAAACAGCGCCUACAACAGCACCGCUGAUUUUAAUCAUUGAAGGUUCAUAGGUCUAAAAGUUAGUCGCAUAUUUCGACGGUGCCACCAGUGUCGCCUAUGAUUCAUAGUUUUCCUUCUGACGUCGCCAAUACAUGAUUCGUUCGGAACUGUUCAGACUGAAACGAAGAUUGCCCGUGAAUUUCCGCCCGGCAACGAAGCAACAAGUUUUCGUGCAAUCGAUACGUGCGGCACAAUCGUCAUAAAGUUUUAUCUAUACCACUAUUCUUGAUUAUUUGCAUUGUAAAAAUCUGAACAAUCCCAAGCGUCAUCGUGAUUGAUAACGCCGC